AUGACCGACAGUGAAACGGCGAGCGGAGUGUUUUUGGUCUCAGCAGUAGGUCAAAUCGAAAAAGCCCACUUCCCAAACUUCGACAACAUGUACUGCAAAUAUGUCUUCGUUUGUGGACCUGACUGGGAAAUUGUCACUGUAAGUGUUGCACUUCGAAUACCGAUUCGGGGUCGAUAUUCAAACGAUAAUCCAUGAUUGUGCAUUAUAAAAAUAGGGCAUAGAAGAAGGGAUAUCACAAAUCGCCCAAAAAAGUCAAGAUGAAAGACAAUUAGUUGUAUGGAACUUUCCAUUAGAUGUUUCUUUUAAGAGUACUAAUCCCCAUGGAUGUACGGUUCGAACAUUUGGUUUAAACAAUACUCUAUUGCACUGUAUUGAUUUUCGUUUAUCUCUUUUUAUCUGACACAAUAAUAUUAUUUCUUUUGUUUAUUUUAUUGUUUAUCCAUGAUAUAUUGCACUCAGUACCAAAAAUAUUUGAACACUGAUUAAUUGUAGUUAUACAAAACCUAUUUUGUAGGUAGUUAUAGUUCAUGGUUUUAUUAUUGUAAUGUUUACUAAAAAAAUAAUGAAUCCGUAAUGUUAAUAAAAAAAAUCGAAGCACUUGUGGAAUAGUUGUUAAUUUAUUUCUGUCAAAAAAUAUUCAACAAUGUUUAAUUGUAUUUAUUAAGUUUUAUUUAAAAAGGUUAAUCAUAGUUUCAUGUAUACUUGUAUUUUCAGGGCCACAACUAAUCGUAAGCGUAUAUGGAUUGGAUACUUUUGGAAACGAUGUCGUGAGAGGCUAUGGCGUGUGCCAUUUACCAUUGGUUAACGGACAGUCUUCCCAAAAGUUAGUUAUUUAAAUUUAGACAAUGAACAUUUCAUAGAGGGAUACUGUUUUAGUGAGUGACAGUAAAAUGAUUUUAGAAUAAUGUGAGGGGCGCCUCCAAGUUAAAACCUAGAAAAUUAGGGUGACCUGGAUCUCUUCCCCGAUGAUGCUGAAUUUUUAACAAUUAUUUAAUUCAUUUUUUUUUUUUAAUGUAAAGAUAAUAUAAUAGUUGUGUAUAUGUGAAGUAAACAAAGGUGACCAGGCCACUCAAAUUUUAUAGGAGUACUUUUUGGUUAUUGCAACUACCGAUGAUUUUCCGGUAUCGCAACUACGUAUAUUUAUACGUUAUUCUGGAAAUCUGUAAAAUAGUGUCAACAACAACUUAAUAUUUGUGAUAAUAUACAGCAGUACAGUCAAUUGGAAUAUUUAUAUGCGUGAAUUGUGUGUGUUAAGAUUGAAAAAUUUAAAUGAAAAAAUUGUUGAAAUUGACGAAAGUCUUUUUACAAAACGUAAAAACAACGCUGGACAAAUUUUACCUCACCAAUGGAUUUUUGGAGGCCUUUGUAAAGAAAUAAAAGAAUGCUUUUAAUCUAGGUCAAAGAUAGGACUGCAUCUACACUAUUAGAUGUAAAUUAAAAUAAUAUUAAAGUAGGUACAACCAUCUAUUCUGAUUAUUAGCAUGGUUAUAAAACAAGAUUUAGAAAAGGCGGGUUUCAACUUUCAAUCACCAAACAGUUGUGGGGAUCAGCUAAAUGGCGAUACAAAAAACAAAGGAGAACAUUUUGUCAGCAUGUUUAUUUAUAGCUAUUUGGUAGAGUUUAUGUGGCGUCAAGCUCUUCAUACAGAUGAUCUCUUAGUUGAUUUAUUAAUCAACAAUCACAACAUUUUCCACCUUGUUUAAAUUAUUAAUUUUAUCAAUUAUAUAGAAUUUUAUUUUUAUAUUCAAAUCGAUAUUAUAAUAUUUUUUAACUAUUGUUGGUAGUUGCGAUAACGAAAUUGUGAUACCGUAGUUGUGAUAACCAAAAAGUACCUUUUUAAGUUAAAACUUUAAUCAUUGGUAGAUAAACUUGAAUUUUAAUUAUGUAUAAGCCGGGGUGGCCAAAUGAUUGAUCACAAUUGACCGGUAGACCACAGACAAUUUAAAUGUCUAUCUCCUUUUUGUGAGAAUUUGUUGUUUUUAUGUAAUUUCUAGAUAAAUCUUAAUUGCUGAUAAUUUUUAUCUUAAUAUAUUAUCAUUAUUUUGUUGUAAAUUUAUCAAGUAAUACAAUUCAACAGUGUUUAUACUGGUAAUUUAUUUACUAUUAUAUUAUAUUAGUCUUAAUCAUAGUGUGAUGUAAAACAUUAUUUAAUUAUGUAUUUUAGGUUUAUUAUUUGUAUAUGUAUGUUUAUUAUUAAUACCUAUGACAUAAUUUAUAAUUAUACUUUAUUGUUAGAAAGUCGAUCCUCAAAGGGAAAAUAUAAUAUUAGUAGAUCUAUACCAAAAUAAAUUUGGCCACCACUGGUAUAAGCCAUAUAAUUUUAUUUAAACAAGGUUUUUAUUCUUGUUUAAAAUUAAUUUUUAUAAAUCGUGUUUAUAAAAAUCUACAAUUAUAUAUAUUAAUUUUAUAAUUGGUUUUGUCAAAUUAUUUUGGCCUGUAUUAAUAAUGUUGUUUCUAGUACUUAAAGUAAUGAUUAUAAUUUACAGGAUCACAAUGUUUGUCCCUGAAUCCAGUUCAAUGUUACAAAAAAUGACUUCGUGGUUAACUGGUAGAAGACCCGAGUAUGUGGAUGCACGGUUACUAGCUAGAGGUGAUGGCAGAGAAGGUAGAAAUAUAUAAGACUUAAAUAUUUUUUUCUUCCGAUUGUAUACAUAUCAAAAUAAAUUCUUAUCCUUAUUUAAUAUUAUAGUGACAAGAGUCAGAAGUCAAGGAUGCGUUUGGGUAAAUUUUAAUGUUAUAUUCAAAGAUUUUCAUCAGUAUGGCUUUGAAAAUGGAAAUUGA